AUCUCAAAAGGGAUCAGGAAGCGUGCCUACGUCUUCAUAUAUUUACAGUUGUGAUAGGUAAACAGUUAUCAUUCACGGGAUAUACAUCGCACAAAAACACAUUGGUGGUUUAAAAGAAGAAACAUGUUUACGAAAGGACGGCGAUCGGCCUUAAAGAGAAGGGAUGAAAAUAUUAUUCGGACGUUAACUUAUCAUGAUUCUGACGAAGGUGAGCUUAGCCCCAGUGAUGGCGAUUUUGUGCGGUGUGGCAAUUUGUUUUCGCCUUGUCGAUAUAAAUCUAGUAGGAUUGACGAACAGCCUUCGGAAUUUAUUGAAAUCGAUUUACCAUCUUCACCAAUGUCUAGUCCAAGAUCAUCAAGAAACGUUAUUAGGCAUAUGAAACGAUCACCUAUUCAGUUUACACUCGACGAAGGAAAUGAGGGCGAUGUUGACGACGACGAGCAGAGGGUCCCAGCACCUGGAACGGCCAUUGAAUCGCCAUGUCCGAACUCUCCACCACAUAACAGAUUACGUGCUCUUAGACUUUUCGAUACACCACAUACGCCAAAAUCAUUACUUCAAAAAGCCAGGAGACGACGAUUAACGGAUGAACGAAUUGCAAAAGAGAGAAAAAGACUAACGCCACCCUCGGAAAAUCGUGUGGAAGCGAAUUUCAACCCAUUCACGCCAAAUAACAACAGACCAUUGACUUUAAAUAACUCCAUGAAACGCAACAGAAACCAGAUGGAAAGAAGUAUAUUGGAUGACUCGACAGAAGAUGAAAUUGAAGUUGACAUGCCCUCAACAAAAAAAAUUGCAUUACAUGAGAUAAACACGUCCCGGUACAAUGAGGAGUUCCAUGAAGUGUGUAAGCUUGGUGAUGGAGAGUUCGGCAGUGUCUACAAAUGCGUUCAUCGACUGGACGGUUGUACUUAUGCCAUCAAGAAGUCUAAGAUGCCUGUCGCUGGAAGUGUAUACGAGAGGAAUGCAAUGAACGAGGUGUACGCCCAUGCGGUAUUGGGGAAACAUCAGCAUGUUGUGCGGUACUACUCAGCUUGGGCAGAAGAGGACCACAUGUACAUACAAAACGAGUACUGUAAUGGUGGCAGUCUGGCAGAGGUGGUGGAAGAAGAUAAGCGGACAGGAAGAGUGAUGAGCGAGUCUGAACUGAAGACCAUUAUGUACCAGGCUGUCCUAGGCCUCAAGUACAUUCACUCCCAGAACCUGGUGCAUCUGGACAUAAAGCCUGGCAACAUCUUCAUCCACAGAAACCCAAAGUUCCUACAGUCCCCUGAGAGUGGCAUGGAGUCAUGUGGAGAGGAGGACGAAGAGGAGGAGGAGGCAAUCAUAUACAAAAUUGGUGACUUAGGCCAUGUGACGUCCGUGACCAACCCCACAGUGGAGGAUGGAGACUGCCAUUACCUCCCAAAAGAAAUCCUCAGUGAAAACUUUGACCACCUGUCAAAAUGUGAUGUGUUUUCUCUGGGUCUGACCAUGUACGAGGCAGGUGGUGGACACAACCUACCCCGCAAUGGCCCACAGUGGCACAGUAUUCGUGAGGGAAAACUUCCCAGUCUACCACACAUGUCACCUGAACUCAACCAACUCCUCAAGAGCAUGGUUGACCCUGAUCCUCUGAAGCGACCAAGUGCAGCAGCUGUAGCCUCCAGUCUCAUCCUGUGUCCACAAUCCACCAAGUCACGAGCACAACUUCGACGGGAACUCAACGAAGAACGCUUCAAAAACCAGAUGCUCUCAAGAAAACUUGUUGAAGCCACACAGUGUCUCACGAGAAUCACACCUACAAGUUUCUCCGCCAACGUAAGCAGAAGUCGUCGUCUGGUCGGCAACAAGAUGAAGAGGAGCAUGAGUUUGUCUGCAUUCUAAUCGCGAGAGAAAUGAAAAAAAAAGUGCAAAAUAUUUGUGUAGUUAUCCUGCAUGGAAACUUAAUAUAUACUGUGUACAUACCAAUAAUUCUGUACAGCCACCCGGCCUAGUCGGGUAGGAAGGAACUCAUAUAGUGCACUAAAUAAUGUAUGAUAACCAAUGACUGAAGCGGGACUUCUGUUUGUGAUAUAUGUGACGAUAACGCGAGAAGUGUAACUUCUAUACUAUUGUGAUAUGACUUGGAGGUAUGGCGAUGAGGGGAAGAUUUGCAAACGCGGACACUGUGGGAGGGGUGGGGACAGAUUCGAUGCAUGUAUGCAUUUUUCAUAUAGAAACAGUUUUGUGAAAUCUGUUUCUUUGUUUCUAUACAACAAUUUUCAGCACUGUACGUUACACUGCCUAUCUUAGUCAUGCUGCGUUUUGAUUUUUUUUCUGUAAUCUAUAAAUAUGUCGUAAUUAUCGAUUCAAGGUAUAGGCCAAGCUAAAAAUAUCUGUCCAAUCUGAAACUAUCCAGAUUCAUAUUAUAUGUCAACCUUUCUUACUUUUUUUGGUUAUUAAUAAAAAGAACUUACAAAUAAACUGUCAUUGCAAACUAUUAUUUUGUAGAAGUAAAAUAAGUGUAUUCACUAUGAUGUACCGGUAUUUGACAUUUGUUUAUGCGUCCUAAAAUUAAAAGAUUGGAACAGAGAAAGGAACAUUUUUUCACCUGGUCUUAUGCCCGACAAUUUGUUAAAUGUGUUUCAUUCAUAUCAUCAUGCUUACACUCAAUUUGUUGACGUAUCAUAUGUGGAUAAAAAAGGAAUUGUAUUACAAGCAAGUGGUUUAUAUACUUCUUUGUUUUACAAAAUUAUUUACAUUUUAUUAUGAAAAUGCUAAUUGAUUGUCUAAAACACCAACAUCUGAAAAUGGUUGAACCUACUGUAUGGGCAUUACAAAAUUUUAAUAUUGUUUGGCACCUUUGGUUGAUUUAAAUCGCUAGAAAAACGUAAACAUAAAAUACUGUUUCAUCCCGUCCUGACAACUAUAUUUGUAGUAGCUGUUUUAUCAGCAUUGCUCUCAAUAAAAAGAACUUGACUUUGUAGCAUGUACAUUAAAUUUAUUGAAAGAUCAUUUUUUGGGGAGAGGUGGAAUUUCAUUUUUCAACCUGGCCAAAUGGUAUUUUCUUAUUUUUAAAGGACACAAAUCUACUACAAGGUCCAAAUUUGAUAGUUCAAAUUUUGCUAAAUGACACUUUUUCGGCAUUGGUUUUGUCAAAUCAAAUAAGUUUAGAUUCUAAUGGUGUAGAAAAUUUUGAUUGAAAGCGCUUCUAAAGAUCUGUAUCGGUUUGCUGAUACUUUUGUUUCAUGAGAGGGUACAAGUAUAAAAAUCUGACAUAACAGUUGUGGUAAUAAUUUUCUAUGAUAUUGCACGUGUACAUACUAAUUAGUGUCUCACAUGUAGCAAUUUUAUAACUUCACAUCUCUCACAUUUUUGUAAAAUGAUACUGGAUGCAGAAACAUUUAUUGAUUGAUUUCUUUGUGUUUUCAUGCAUGUUUGAAUAAUAAUGUUCUGCUUCUUAAACAAUUGGAUUAAUUUCUACGACUAACACAAAUGUGUAACAACUAUUGGAUAAUUAUAAUUAUGACAGAUUUGCUUGUGGAGAAAAAUACUACAAUUUUUGUUGUAAAUAUUUACCUUUAGAGUAUCCACCAUUGAUCAUCUUAUAAUUUUAUACAAUCAAUAAUAAUGCUAUUGCUGUAUAUUGUAAUCUUUUAUAUCAUUUCAGGUUUAAUAAUGGCCAGUUAGUAUCCCUGUUAUUAUGUAGAUCAAAGUAUUAUCUUGCCUUUAUUUAAAUUAGUGUCUUUUCCUCCACAAGUAAAACUGCUAUUUUCCUUGGAUUGUUUUCUUACUGUUUCUGUGUACUGAAUCACAAUCUUUUCUGUCAAAAUUAUCAAGGUGCUGAAUGUAACUUUUACAAAAUAAAAUUUUAAUCUUAG